ACUCUUUGAGUAUUGCUUUGGAAAAGCAAGUGCCUUACAGCUCCUUAAACCAAUGCAACCCUUUGAGCAUUAUUUAUGCACUUGAAGUUAGUUGCUACUUUAAGCUGUAAUAACUACUACUUUAUUUGGAGACAGAGUGCCUAAGGAGCCUGAAUACUGAAUUAACACCUUAAAUACCAAAAUAACUAUUCCUUUCUUGCAUCUGUGUCUUCUUAGACUUGCUCGUGUUUUGCCUGGUGGGUUUUUAUUGGGAUGUUUUAGAAAGCGGGACUGACUGUCUUUAAACUUCUCUUUCCCCAGAGGGAGAAACUGAUGUAAAUGCUGGUGACCAUGCAGAAUGCAGUUCAGGUGUGGUUUGGAGAUGACCUUCCUUUAAGUCCUCGAAGUCCUCUGACUCCCAGACACGGCCCAGGUCUGGCAGAUGUGUGCCUGUACGACCAGUGGAUAUCUGUGCGGCAUGAAGCAACAUUGGUGCCUAUGCAAGAAGACCUGUCAAUCUGGCUCUCUGGCUUGCUGGGAAUAGAAGUCACAGCAGAGCAACUGCUGGAAGAACUUGAUAAUGGAGUACUACUCUGCCAAUUGAUUGGUGUUCUUCAAAACACAAUUAAAAAAUCAUGUAGCUCAAAUAAUUUAAGGAAUUUUCCAAUGAGAAAAGUUCCAUGUAAGAAGGAUGCUCCAUCAGGAUCUUUUUUUGCCAGAGAUAACACAGCCAACUUUCUUAACUGGUGUAGGGCCAUUGGAGUUGAUGAGACUUACCUCUUUGAAUCUGAAGGUUUAGUUUUGCACAAGGAUCCAAGACAAGUGUAUCUUUGUUUGUUGGAAAUUGGACGCAUUGUAUCCAGAUAUGGAGUUGAACCUCCUGUGCUUGUAAAACUGGAGAAGGAAAUUGAGCUAGAAGAAACACUGCUAAGGACCUCUGGACCAGCGUCACCUGUUGACACAGCAAAGUCAUGUUGUCACCAUGGGGAGCUACAUGAGGCAGUUAAACACAUAGCAGAAGAUCCACCUUGCAGCUGCUCCCAUCGGUUUUCCAUUGAAUACUUAUCUGAGGGACGUUAUAGACUGGGAGAUAAAAUAUUAUUCAUACGAAUGCUCCACGGCAAACAUGUGAUGGUCCGUGUUGGUGGAGGAUGGGACACACUCCAAGGCUUUCUGCUUAAGUAUGAUCCCUGCCGAGUGCUUCAGUUUGCAACUCUGGAGCAAAAAAUCUUGGCUUUUCAGAAGGGAGUCACCAGUGACCAUAUCUCCAACUCAACAGCCAGAAUUCAGGAACCUCCUGUCAUGAACCCAAUGUCAGCUGUCAGUAUGUUUCAAAAGCAACCAGCAAACCCUCCUACUCCUGUUCCAGCCCUAAAAGCUGUCCAUGGGGCAACCGUUAAGAAGCCUUUGUCUAAACAUCCUCAGUCUCCUGCCCUGACUUCACCGAAGGUGCCAGUGCACACAUCCUCCGCUGCCAAGUUGUUGUCAGCCAGACCCAAACUAGCAGAUGCUCAGUCUCCUUUCAAACCAUUGAUGGGCACCUCAAAGAAACUGGCAUCUCCUGCGCACCACUCGCCAGCUCCUGUUCCUUCACUGCCUGCAAGCAAGAGUUCUUCAUCUACAAGAUCAAGAGCAGCUCUUGUUCACUCUGAAACAUUACGCAAACGUAUUCGCUCCCCUGAUGCUCCAAAGGUGAGAUUUGCCCCAGCCCAAGGCUCCCCAGCAACAGGGAUGCAUUCUGCGCUCUCAGCAUCUAAGAAGCAGUUGUCUCAGUUGCCUGCAACAAGUGAAACAUUGGCUUCGAAACAGAAGUGUGUCCCCUCUAAAUCUAAACCUGCAUCUGUCACUAAAACCAAGGUAAAUUCUGUUGCUCCGAGACCAGCCCAGCCACCUGUUAGCAAUCUGCGUGCUGUUGCCAAGUUUGCACAUUCCCAGCAGCUCUAUGUGAAAUCUCCUUCUGAAAAUACUACUCAGGGAUCAGGAACUGGGUCUCAGCAUCCUCGGAAAGCUCCACAAACACCUUCUGAUCUGGCAAGGAACCUGAAGACUGCUUCAAUCCUAAAGCACUCAGCUUCUGUACCUUCCCUGGCAGUUAGUAAAUCAUUGAAGUCACCACCUACACUGGGAUCCAGAAGCAAAAAUCUAAUAGCAUCUGUCAGUAAAACGCCACCUACAGAGCAUUUACAGACCCAAAAUGUCAAUAAGCCCCCUGAGGUUGGACCCUCCUCAUCCAAACCUACUGAACGCACUCCACUCUCUGUUGUGCGGCUUCCUCAAACUUCAGCCAAAGUGGCAGUGACCAAAAAAGCAGUGCAGCCCUCCACAAAAAGUCAGCCUUCAAGCACAGACUUGCAAGCCAACGGAAACUUGAUCCCAGCAGCGAAGAAACCUCUCUCUAAAGGAAAAUCAGCAACAGCCUGUAACAAAGGAGCACCUAGUGCAUCGAAAGGGCCUCUUCUGAAGAGCAAACAAGAUGAUCAUUAUUUUGUUAUGACUGGGAGUAAAAAGCCCAGAAAGUAAACCUAUCUGUUAACUUCUGUGCAAGUCCCUGUAACAUUCAAAUGGGCCUCUGAAAUUUGCUAUGCUAAAGAGAAAAAUAAGUUAACUAACACUACAUGUGCCAUUCCAAAUGUUAGGCAUGAUUACAUUUUGCUGCAUAACUUACAGUAAUAGCUGUAUUUAUUUUGCAGUUUUAAAACUUUUUUUUAGAUAUAUUUACAAGUAAGCUUGCUUGCACUGUGGAAUAGAGGAUAACCAUGUUUGCUGCUAGCCUGACCUGCUGUGGGGAAAGGCAGGAGAGAGGAAGGGGAGCUGGAAUGCUGCUGCUUUUUGUUUUCCAGGGAGUUAAGCUGAGCAAUUCUGGUUGUUCUAAGCACAUCUGCAUCAAGGCCUGUGGCAAGCAAUAGAGCUGUGCAGAUGCUAUAAAAUUUCUAAUACCUCAAACAAAAUUUUUGAGGGUUUUUUCCCUUUUUUUUUUUUUUUUUUUUUAUAUAAAUUUUCAAGUUUGUUAGUGUUUCAGGACCCGAAAUCUGGGUAUCCUGUGUGUAUUAGAGACAUUGGAAGACAUUUGUAUUUUUUAUUUUUUUAUUUUUUUUAACUCAGAGGGUGGUGAGGCACUGGCACAGACUGCC